CAUCAUUCUUCUGUCCGAAUUGGCUUCGUAGUUGACGAGCCGCGCAAUCUGCUUUGCCUUACUUUCACCCAGCGGUCUGCGUGAGUCAGGGUGCCAUUUGAAGGCUAUUAUUCCUAUAUUCGAUCCCCAUUGUCAGCUCAUGCGUGAUCUGAUUGCGACCUCAAUACGGCCAUGGCGGCAGCUGACAUUGCUCCCCAGUUUGGAGCGGAGCUAAAGGACAACUUCAAACCUGUCAACGCCUGGGUAUCAAACGGUAUAUCGUGGCUUGACGAGAUCCAACAAUUCUAUCGCGAGCGGAGCGCCAUCGAAAAGGAAUAUGCGGCGAAGUUGGCGGCACUAUGCAAGAAAUACCACGACCGUAAAUCCAAGAAGAUCAGCUCUUUGAGUGUCGGCGAUACUCCUUCCUUGACUCCCGGAUCCCUUGAAAGCGCCUCCUUGACGACGUGGACAACCCAAUUGACAGCCGUCGAAUCCCAUGCUGCCGAGCGAGACAAAUAUGCGACGGAUUUGAUCGGAUAUGUUGCCGAACCGCUGAAAAAUGCCGCUGCUCAAUUUGAGGAGAUUCGCAAGUGUCAUGCUGAUUAUCAUACGAAGCUGGAAAAGGAACGUGACGCUUCGUAUGGCGAAUUGAAAAAGGCCAAGGGGAAGUAUGACGGGGCUUGCCAGGAAGUCGAAUCUCGACGAAAGAAAACGGAAUCAUCGUUUGAUCAUGGCAAAGCUAAGGCUCAGUCCGCCUAUCAACAACAGAUCCUGGAGAUGAACAAUUACAAGAAUCUCUACCUUAUCAGCAUCAACGUAACGAAUAAGCUCAAAGAGAAAUUCUACCAUGAAUAUGUCCCUGAAGUUUUAGAUGGAUUACAAGACCUGAACCAGAUAAGAGUCAGGAAACUGAAUGAAUUGUGGUCUCUCGCUGCACAACUCGACAAGUCUUCUUUAACAAACAGCCUCAAUCAUGCCUCCAAUCUUCUUGGCGAGAUCCCUCGCAAUGAUCCUCGACUUGACUCCAUGAUGUUCCUCCAGCAUAAUGUGACACAAUCACAAGAGCCUGCGAAUAUGACCUUUGAGCCUAGUCCGGUGUGGCACGACGAUGCGACGAUCAUCACUGAUGAAGCAGCCAAGGUAUUCUUGCGCAACGUACUUGGAAAGAGCAAAACCCAGGUACGCGAGUUACGGGUGGAGGCGGAUAAGAAGAGACGGGAGGUAGAGAACGGCAGGAAGGCUCGCGAGGGCAUUCAGCAGGGCAAAGAUAAUCGCAAUGAGGUUGACGUCGUGCGAGGGAUUUUCUAUCUGCAAGAAGCUCUGCAUGAAGUGGAACGGAAGUGGGUCACCGCAGAGGUGGAAACAUCCACUAUCAUAUCUGUGGCAGGAGACUUGUCUCUCGGAGCCAAAAAUCACAACUUCCGAUCGCAAACCUUCAAGAUCCCCACGAAUUGUGAUCUCUGCGGCGAACGUAUCUGGGGUCUCUCUGCCAAGGGCUUUGACUGCCGGGACUGUGGUUAUACCUGCCACAGCAAAUGUCAGAUGAAGGUUCCAGCAGAGUGUCCUGGAGAGCAGACAAAGGAAGACAAGAAGAAACUCAAGGCCCAGCGGCAGGAGCAAGCUGAGGCUGUACCUGCCGCUGAUGGAGACUCCGCCACAGCAUCAACUGCGGCACCAUCUCUCACUCGUCAGAACACCAUGAAUUCACUUAGCUCGGGGUAUGCUGCCAGCACCGCGCGAUCAGCGUCGGUCACCAACGUCGCGGCCCAACCAACUCCCGAGAGCCCAGCAGAAGCAGCCCCUGCUCCUGUGGCUGACACUAAGCCUGCUGCUGCCAAGCGGCACAGGGUGUUGGCUCCACCUCCGACCACAUACGUGAGCCCGCCGCCUGUCACCGAGUCCCUAGCUGCUUCGAAAUCCCAGGGGCCACAGGGCAAGAUGGUUUACGCAUACCAAGCGACUGGGGCCGACGAAGUGACAGUUCAGGAAGGGGAUGACGUAGCCAUCGUUGAGCCAGAUGAUGGAUCGGGCUGGAUGCGUGUCCGUGUGGGCUCGCAAGAGGGUCUCGUCCCUUCCUCUUACGUUGAAGCCGCGCCAACACCGUCGCCUGUGCCAUCGCCAAGCCCUGGCUUGAAUGAUCGACCGGGAUCGGUGUACUCGAACUCCUCUGCAUCACUAGCAGGUAGCGCGGCAGCCAAGCGUGUGGGCCCUACUGUGGCGCCCCGUCGUGGCGCCAAGAAACUGCAAUACGUCGAGGCACUGUACGACUACGAGGCGCGCAGUGGUGCAGAGUGGUCGAUGGCGGAGGGCGAUCGAUUCGUCCUAGUGACUCGUGACAGUGGUGAUGGGUGGGCCGACGUGGAGCGUGGUGGAGUUACCAAGAGCGUUCCCGCAAACUAUAUCCAGGAGGUGUAGAUCCGAUCUCGGGAUUUGUAUAUAUUGACCGCAACAUAGUACAAAGUAUCGUGAGUGCGGGGCGGAUGCCAAUCAUGUUGGGCUUGUUUCAUCCUAUUUCUGUCGUUCAUAUGGCGUUCUUGCGAGCCCUCCAUCGUGAUCUGCAUCAGCAACGAGCGAUUAAGGGGAUGUUAGUGUUUUACAAUGCAUCUGCGGACAUAUUUUUUCGAAUGAUUAUGUUUCGAGCGAACUCCAGUCGAGACUGGAUUGAAAGUGAUUUCCAGAAUGAGAUGCUAUCUGACGCUCGUAUGCUGCACAACUAGGCUAAUUCUCAUCAUAGAAUGGAAAUGGAACAGACAUGCCCGGUCAUCUCAAGUUUCAACCACUGAAAUUUUCACGCUCGCAAGAUUCCUCGCAAUCAGGUCAUCACCGACCCAAUGCAUUCUCAAUCAUAAUCAUCAGUCGUAAUAUUGACUGCCACACCGGCAGGACAGCAAAUGUUAUUGGGUCACAGCAGGAUAGCCUGUGUCCAAAUGCUCGAAUCCAGUCUCUGGCGACCACAUAUACCUGGACCAAUCCUCCACAUGGAAAACCUCGUCUGUCAAUCCCUCGGUCAAAUCCAUAUCAUCCAGAUAUUCCAAACCUCCGUCAUCCAGUGUCAGCGCUGGAUCCAGUGGGAAAUCAAACGGAUUAGUACCCUCCAGCGGGCUAAUUAACGGGACAUUUUGAACCAUCCCAGCUGCAGAUACGGACGACGAGACCGGGGCGAGGGAGUACAUAGGAUCGAACAUAGUUUCGCACAUCACCGGGUCCAGUGUCAGGGUAUCUGACCCGGAGCGAGAAAUACUCUGGCUAGAUCCAGCCCGACUUAUAUCGGCUGAAACCGAGAGCGCAGCCAUCGCAGAAGAUGUAGACGGGAGGACAUAACUGCCACCGCAGGACUCAUUCCCCGAGCCCUCGGAGCCCGACCACUCUCCCACACUACCGCGGAUCUUAGUGCGGCGCGAGGAAGAUUGCGAACCGCGAAGGGGGGUCUGAGACGACGAUACGGAAGCCGCAGAGGUCGACCCCGAGCGCGAGACACGAGUCGACGAAGCGCAAGUCGUGUCUUUGGCGCUGCUUCUACUGCCCGACGGUCGAGGAGCGAUGGGGAGGAAGCCGUUCGAGCUGGGAUGACGCGGGUAUAGUCUGGCGUGGGUUGCUUUCUAAGAACCAAAGAAGGAACAUCAGCACCAUACCGUCUGCAUCUCUUCUUCGCAUUUGUCGAAGAUCUGCCUUCCGAUGGUGGAAACGGCUGGCUUUUUUUGUGUGUAGUUGCGUUACUUUUGAUGAUGGAGAUUUGAGCUCCGCUUCGCGCUUCAGGCGCGCGUGUUCCGUUGGUGCCUCGCAGGGCGUGGCGUUGCAAAUUGAGCACGUUGCAAAGGGGCGACCCUUGCGUUUGAUGCGGAUCAACGGUCGAUCUAGUGAAUUUGUGAUUUAGCAGAGUUUUGAGGAUGUGGUAUGUCUGGUUGCGGCAGCGCCAAGUAUAGGGUGUAGAAUUAAGGUGUAUAGGAGGGUAUAAAGAAUCACAAGUUCACAACUCACCAUGAUGUUUGCAACUAGUCACUCGGUGACCUCGAAUGCAAGCUUCGCAAGCCCACUUCUGACCGUCGAUGAGCAUCCCUCGAUAAGAUGAAAAUAAGCAAGCAUAGUAAGGAAGGACUCAGGAGGCUUUAUACCUUCGACCGUGCCAAUUGAUCGGCUAGGCCCGCCAUGAUUUCUUGGGUUAAUUCUUAAUAUCGGAUUUCCGUUUCCCGUUUUUUAUUUUAAUUUUUUCCUUUCCUUAGAUUUUGAAAAUUUGGGAGGGGGAGAACGUAGGAUUGGAGGGGCGGUAUCCUGCGAGUGGGAGCUAUGACAUACACAACCACACUAAGCACGAAAUACGUGGAGGAUGUAUGUCCCAGCUGGCGGACCUGGCACCGAGUGGUUCGUGCGUGUCUAGAAAAGGUCCAUAACGGCUUGAAUUGAUUUGAUUCGAGGUCACAGCCACAGGAUCGACCUGAGGUGGGACUGUCUCGUGCAUUCGGAGGGUUCCGUACGGUUAAAGUACUGUUUUGGUGGACAUUGACCAUGGG